UCAAGUUACCCCGCCGGUAAGUGUCGUUUCCAAACGAUGUCCAAACGCUUCCUAACAUAACCUCCAAACCGAUUCGCAUUAUUAAAACUGUUCCACCACAUUCACCGAAAUGGCUUUAACCAAACCCAAAUCCGAGAUGACCGCCGAAGAGCUCCAAAUGCGCGAAGAAGAGGAGUUCAACACCGGCCCGCUUUCCGUGCUCACUCAGUCCGUGAAGAACAACACUCAAGUCUUGAUAAAUUGCCGCAACAACAAGAAACUGCUCGGGAGGGUGAAGGCCUUCGACCGCCACUGCAACAUCGUCCUCGAGAACGUGAAAGAAAUGUGGACGGAGCUGCCCCGGCCGGGAAAAGGCAAGAAGAAAGCCAAACCGGUGAACAAGGACCGGUUCAUUUCAAAGAUGUUUCUGCGCGGAGAUGCCGUGAUUAUAGUCGUAAGAAACCCCCUGGCCACGGCCAGUUAGUUUGUAGGAUUGAAUAAAUUUUGUAUUGCGAG